AUGUCCCUCGUCCUCGCCGACGCGAGUCCGAGCGAAGCGGUCGUCGACGGGGCCGACCUUUUGCCGUUCCAGCGCGAGAUCACCAAGGAACUGCUCGCGCGCGAUGGUUUUUGCGUUCUCGCCGAAGGACUCGGUGCGAGCGCAGUCAUCGCCGCGCUCGUCGCCGUCGACGACGCGCUGUCUAAGACGCACGUUCUAGGCGAACCACCCAUGGUGACGCUCAUCGUCGGUGCGAGUGAGCACGCGAAAGUGAGCGUGAAGGAGCGUAUGACGGCGCUGUUUCCGCGCGCGGCGCCGCCGCUGGAGUUCACCGCCGACUACGCGGGCGACAAGAGGAAAAAGUUUUACGACGCGGGAUGCGUGGCGUUCGUGACGACUCGAAUCGCGAGCGUGGAUUUGUUGAGUGGGAGGCUGGACGCGAAGCGAGUGCGAGGGAUCAUAGUGUGCUCGGCGCAUAGGACGAACGAGACGUCGGGGGAGGGGUUCGUCGUGCGGUUGUUUAGAGAGGGGAAUAGGAAAGGAUACGUGCGGGCGAUCAGCGAUCGCCCUGGGGAUUUGACGCGCGGCUUUAAUAGCGUGGAACGAUGUUUGAAGGCGCUGAUGCUCACGCGCGUGCAUCUGUGGCCGCGAUUUCAUUUGCGAGUGAAGGACGAUUUAGACGCGCGUCCGCCAGAGGUGAUCGAAUUGAGACAGCCGAUGAGCGAGAACGUGUUGAAGAUUCAAGAAGCGAUCGUCAGCGUCAUGGAUUCGUGCAUGGCUGAGUUGAAGAAAAGUCGCUACAUCGACACGAGCGAUUUAACGCUCGAGAGUGGGUUGUUCAAGAGCUUCGAUUUGAUUUUGCAGCGACAACUCGACAAGGUGUGGCACAUCGCGCCGAGACGAGUGAAACAGAUCGUGUACGAUUUAAAGACGCUCCGCUUACUCGCAGAUGCGUUGCUGAAGUACGAUUCAGUCACGUUUUUGAAGUACUUGCAGGCGUUGCGAGCGAGUGAGUCACGUGAGAGCAUGUGGAUGUUCACAGAGGCCUCGCACGCGAUUUUCGAGUACGCGAAAAAGCGAGUUUACCUGCUCAAGCGUAAAGCCGCGGCGGCGCAACCGAAAGGCUUGGGCGCAAAGCGACCGCUUCCACCACAAAUCACAGAGACGGACUUGAUUCCGAUUUUAGAACCCAUGCCAAAAUGGACGCUCAUGGAAGAGAUUUUAGAUGAAAUAGACGAAGAACGUCGGCAAGGCGGAGAGCUCCUCGCCGUGGCGGACUCCGAAACGGUCCAAGGAGCGACGUUGAUUGUGUGUAAAGAAGAGCACGUGGCGCGGCAACUGGAGUACUGCAUUCGUUACGGAACGCCGGCGCUGAUGAAUGCGCAUUGGGUCGAUUACUUGUUUAGCCGGGGCGGGAAGAACGUGGCGGCGCAAGUGACGAAGCGACAGACGGGAUGGCGCGGUGCCGGGCGCGGUGGUGGCCGUGGUAGUGGCCGUGGUGGUGGGCGCGGUGCGGCGCAGAAGCCUCAGCGUGUGUAUUCAAAACUCGAGCGCAUUCAGGCGAGAAUGGAGGGUCGAGAAAUCGACGAAGAUCCGGGGCCGGCGAAAGAUGGGAAAUCUGACGAGAACAAACUCUUAGCGGCGGCCGCAGCGGAGGCGAAGAAGACCCUAGUCGCUGCGAAGAAGGCCGAAGACGCGGAUAAGAAGAUGAAGGCUACGAAGGCGGCGAAAGAGUUAGAUAUCAAAAUAGAAAUGAAAGCGGAAGAGGACGCGGCGGCUAGCGACGACGAAGUCAUCGUAGUCGGCGAUACGCGCACGCGCUCGACCGUUAAGCGCGAUACCGAUAACAUGUACGUGUACGCGCACGAGCGCAAAUUGAACCUGCUGAACCGCAUUCAGCCUUCGUUCGUGGUGAUGUAUGAUCCAGACGCGUCAUUCAUCCGUGAACUCGAAGUCUAUCAGGCGACGCGCCCGGACGUCCCGGUCAAGGUGUACUUUUUGGUGUACGACACGUCAUUAGAGGAGCAAAAGUAUCUCAGUAGCAUCAAACGCGAGAGUGCGGCGUUCGAAAACCUCAUACGCACGAAGCAGCAUAUGGCUGUUCCCGCUGAACAAGAGGGUUGGACCGAUUCAGAGAAUCCGUUGCCGUUGUCGUUGCCGAGCUCGACCGCUCGACAUCGAAUCGAGGAGUCGCAAGAGGCGAGUACGCGUAAAGGAGGCAGAUCGCUCACUAUUCGUUCGUCUCUCGAAGUCAUAGUGGAUAUGCGUGAGUUCAUGUCUGCGCUCCCUUGCGUGUUGCAUUCGGCAGGUUUCAAAGUGCGCCCGACGACGCUAGAAGUGGGCGAUUACAUCCUCUCGCCCGAUAUGUGCGUCGAGCGCAAAGCCAUUCCAGACUUGAUUCAGUCCUUCGCGUCUGGGCGUUUGAUAGCACAAGUCGAAGCGAUGUGCAAACACUAUAAGACACCGAUUCUACUCAUCGAGUUUGACGGCUCAAAAGCGUUCGCUCUGCACGCAGAAGCCGACCUUCCUCGUUUCGUCGGGCAGCAACAUCUCAUCACGAAGAUAUGUAUGCUCAUCACACGUUUUCGAAAGUUGCGUCUUAUUUGGAGUCGAUCGAUGCACAUGACGGCUGAAAUUUUCGCAGAGUUAAAAAGGCUUGAGCCUGAACCCUCACUCGAAACUGCGCAGCGAAUAGGCGUUCCCGAUGCCGACGGUGACGUGCACAAACUCGUAAAGGAUAACCUCAACGACGCUGCCGUCGAUUUGUUGCGCAGGCUACCGGGUAUCACCGACGGCAAUUACCGACGAGUCAUCGCACGAGUUGAAAGUAUCGAAAAGAUGUGCGACCUGAGAGAAGACGAACUCGCGGAUAUCCUUGGCGACGCACGGCAAGCGAAGACGCUCCACACAUUUUUACACGCGCCGUUUCCGAAAGAAUUCAUGUUUUAG